AUGAAGAUUAAGCUUCAUAUGGACGGCGACGUUAACGGGUACAAGUUCAAGAUUGAAGGAAAUGGACAAGGAAAGCCUUACGAGUAAGUAAAAAAAGUUAAAUCAUUGAAAGCAGGCUUCAGACCACAUUGCUUCAAACUGGUAUGUUCAGAAGAGAUUUCAGUAUACAUUUUUGGUUUUGCUUGAGUGUAAGAGAUUAAAGGGGCUGUGUCACGGUAGUCCAGUUCAUUUUGUUUAAUUUUGCCAAUUACUCGCCCUCAAUCGCUAUGGAACUUAAAGUAAGCAAAGAAAUUACAUGUAAAUGACAAAAUCAGAGAUCCGAGACAAACAAACGUACCUCCUGAGCAUUAUUUUUGAAGUUGCAAGCAGCAGGGAUCAACUUUGAAAAACAAGUGUUAGGCUGAAUAGUUUUCAAAAACCCUAAUUUCAAUCCGUUUCAAUCUUCGUCAGUUUUGCCCAUCCGUGGCAUCUGUUUUUUCUGUUAUGUUAUUUUAACUUUCCUUUAAAGUUUUAAGCGGUUAUUUUUAUGUUUCUCUUAAUUUAACGGGCAUUUUGUAAUUUCCUAAUUUGGCUGAAUUUCGUGACACAGCUCCUUUAACCACCAAUAUGUCUUGGUUUAUUGUCAAAAUAUCUAAUGUUAUAUGAGACUGAACGCGACACACCCUCUGAGUUGUGAUCAGACAGGUAACGAAGUGACUCGACAUUACCCCCCUCCCUUUCUACAUUAUCAUGUGAUUUCAGCCAUGUUGCUUUUUCUCAAGCAAGCAGUAGGACUUACUCAGUGUGAAAUACUGAGUUAUAACAACAACAAAGUCAUUAAAUCAGACAAUAGAAUGUUUUAAGGUUUAAAUGACUAGGGAAACUGAAUUUGCUUUUAGCGGUUUUGAAACCUUGAGUUAUGGCCUUUCAACAGUGAAACAAGAUUUUUACUUGACGUUGAACCGGGGGGAUAGGAUAGACAGGAUAGCUAUGCUGAUAUAUAGACACCCUUAUUAAUAAAAUUCAAAAAGGAUAAUCUUAAUCCAAUGUAUUGUAACCUUUAUUUUUCUAUUAUUUAUAUAUUUAUCUAUUCGUAUUAUUAUCCUUUUAACCUCUUUUUGCUCGGUGUUGUAAAUCUCUUUAAUUUCCUUGUUAAAUAUCGUUAACUCUCGGACGUACACUCAAAUUCAUAUCCCCACCGUGGUAUGGGGGGGGGGGGGGUACAAGUUGCAUGGAGCCCCUCCCCGGGGUUUUUGAUAUGUUGCUAGCAGUAUUUUGAAACGAUUUGACCUUUAUCCUUUGAUCUUCGUAACAAGAUGAGGUAUAUUUUAGGGGUGGUGCAGGCAGGGUAUGUGUUUAAUGUAUUUCUUUGCUUUUUAAUAAAAUUGUUGUUGUUGUUGUUGCAUAUGAAUUCUCCGUUUUCUUACUCAGCUUCGAUUUGUCGUUCUGUGUUUUUAGGGGAACACUGACCGUAAAUCGUGCCGUCAAAGGGCGGGCGUCUGUAAGGUUUUUCCACUCAGCUUUGAUUUCCUGUUCUUGUUGUUGUUGUUUUUUUUUUAAGGGGAACACAAACUAUAAAUCUUACAGUUACAAAUGGCGGACCUCUUCCUUUCGCUUACGAUAUUCUAACAGCAGCGUUCGAGUACGGCAACAGGGUAUUUACCCAAUACCCACCAGACAUACCAGACUAUUUCAAACAGACUUUUCCUAAUGGAUAUUCCUGGGAAAGAACCAUGGAAUUCGAAGACGGCGCUAAAUGUUUAGUUAAAAGCGUCAUCAGGUUCGUAAAAUCUAAAACCUGCAGAACUCAGUACUGAAGUCUUUUAAGUCGUUGUAGUCCUCCGCCUUUUUCAUCUUCGAUAUUAAUUUUUGGAGUCUAAUCAUAGAUUCCGCCAGUUGAAACUAUCGUUUUAGCUUUUCUAUCGCCUUCAUGCUUCGAUAUUACUGACCAGGAUAGUGUCAUUGUUUUAGAAAUGAUUAAACUAAAACUGAUGUAAAUCUCUUUUUCAAAAAAGUGUUCGUAGGAAUAACAAAAAAGAAAAAAAACGAAAUGUUUAAGUUUUAUGAUGUAGUACAUAAGUCGCUAAGAAUGUUUUUGGUAUCUUCACAUUGUAGCGUACACUUAGUGAAUCUCUCCCCUCUUUCAUCAGUUUGCAGGAAGCGGACUGUUUUGAAUAUAAGAUUGACUUUAAUGGGAUGGGCUUUCCUCCCAAUGGUCCAGUUAUGCAGAAGAAGACUGUGAAAUGGGAGCCAUCCACUGAGAUGAUGUACAUGUGUGGUGGGGAACUGAAGGGUGAUGUUAACAUGGCCCUGUUGCUUGAAGAUGGUAGCCAUCACCGAUGUGACUUCAAAAGUAUCUACAAGUAAGUGUUUCAAUACUUCUUUAAGUAUUCUGUUGAAUCUAACGUAGGCAAUAGAACACGUUUUUCGUGUUUGCAUAGUGAUGUACCUCUUGUUUUGCAAAAAAGAUGUCAUCAAAGUACGAAUUUUUUUCUUGCUUAAAAUCAGAAGCACCCAAUGACCGAUCGUUUGUAAUACGUCGGAUGUGCCUCAAAAGGAUUUCUUCAUGCUUUAGAAACCUGUUUGGUUAAUUUGGAGCUGCCGGCGUAAGAACUAUUAACAGCAGGCAAAGUGUGUCCGGAGUGCAAGCUUUAAUCUGUGGGGCACGAGGUCCAUGCAAGGACAGAGCAACCGGCUCUUGUGCAAAAAAUGUACUUAUACAGUCAAUCUGCAUAAGUGAAGAGUAGAACUAUUUUUGACACGGUCAGAACCAUAGAAGACGUUAUGGAAUUUUCAAAGAGAUACUGACAGUAUUGACUGAAGAAUGCCUUUAGACCAUCUCUUAUUCAAUGGGUCAACACCAAGAGAGGAUAAAGGGGACAGAGAAGGCAUCCUCCAUACACACCCUAUUUCAUAGGUAAUUCGUCUCGAGUUAUUUUUAAGACCACAGAUCCCAAGGGGGAUUAGACAACAGCCAGUCACAUAGCGCGAAUGUGUUCCGCGUGGAUGACCCACGCUUAGAGCCACGCGUCCUUCACGAAUUGAGGCAGGACAAAAUGGCGAAAGACGAAAGACUAAAGAGAGAUUUCUGCUAAAGCUGUGUCAGCGAAACGGAAAUUAAAAAAGAAUCGCCCUUCCUCUCUUGUAUAGAGCUAACAGUAAAGAAUCGCAAAAAAGAAUCGCCCUUCCUCUCUUGUAUAGAGCUAACAGUACAGCAGGGAAAUCCAUAACACAGUGAAUAUUCUCUCAGGAACAUUUAUAAUUUACAGUUUGGAGAGAGCAAUUUCUGGCUUGAUAUUUAUUCUUUUAUUAGUCUUUUAUUAUUCAACAAAAAUAACACUUGGCGUCCUAUAAUAAUAAUGAUAAUAAUUUAAUAACUUCUAGAGCGCUAUUUACAUUCACUGAUCAACAGCGCUUAACAACUUAAAAAAACUACGAUAAAAUUCAAAUUUGUAAAACUAAUUACAUGUACAUGAAUAUUACUUGCUACUUGCUUUAUUGUACAAACGACCGGUUUCAAUAGACCGGCGAAAUUUCUCAUUUUAUUAAAGCACUGAGGUUACGAUAACUUCGAGUUAAACUGAUUUCACGGGUUGUCAAAGAGUCGAGCGAUUCCCUUUUCCCAGGUGAGCCCCGACUCAUUUCGCUUCAAUAUUCAGAAAUGCUCUCGAUCUCUUUACGCUUUCAUUGCCUUUCGCCCGACAUGUUUUGCAUGGCGUUUAGUCAUGCGAAACCUCCACGAAACAUCCACGCAGCGCGCGAGGUAACUUUAUCCCGAUUCUAAAAAUAACUCGAGACGAAUUACCUAUGGAAUAGGGUGUGUAUGGGGGAUGCCUUCUCUGUCCCCUUUAUCCUCUCUUGGUCAAUCCUCUCUUGGUCAACACUUUUUACAAGAAUAUCUCGAGUUGUGUCUUAAACAAUAGCUUUUCAGCUUCACCCUUUGCAGUUGAAAGAGGAGUAAGACAGGGAGACCCUCUCUCCGCUUGCCGUUAUUUAUGAUAGCAUUAGAAGAGAGAAGGGGAAAAACCCUAACACAGAUGUUUUUUUCAUCUAUCCCCUCUGAUCCUAAACAUAUCUCAAAGCUUUUCUCUCGGCUCUCGUAACCACUAAGUAAGGCCUGCAGACUAGGGGAUUGGUGUUAACUUGCAGGCUUGUAAAACCGGAUCUCAAAGGGGGGUAGUUUCCUUAGCUUCACAGCUGUUUUUAUGGUCGUCACGCAACUCUCCUAACGGCUGCGAAGGAAACUAAAAGGGAGGAGGAACUUAAUCAUUACACACUCAUCGGAGGAGAUUAAUAUAGAGGGUGAUUAUUAUUUGUCAUGUUAAUAAACUUCGGAAGCCGUUAACUUGGUAACUACGAUAUUCUGCUAAAAUAAAUGCUCGCGCAACCUGAUGAAGUACUUUUUUGUGGUAUUGAUCUCAGUUCUUUUCCUUUUUGCAGAGCUAUGAAGCCUGGUAUUCAGUUGCCGAAAUAUCACUACAUAGACCAUCGCAUUGAGAUUUUGGAGCAAAAAAAUAAUUACAACCAGGUUGUGUUGUAUGAGAAGGCUGCUGCUCGAUAUUCUCCGUUUCCAGUUAAGGCCGCCAAACAAAUAAAAGGCUUAAAGGGCGAAGAGGAAAGAAGUCUUUCUGUGUUUAAGGCAUAA